AUAAGCCAGGAAAGUAAAGAGCCCUGUUUAGAAACAAAUCUGCUAGGCAUCGUGAGAAACAUCGGCCCUGAGAUGCCACAGGAGCCUCUAUGGUGUAGGGGAAUGGAAGGGUUGUUGGAGCCAUUUUAACAAUGAGUGAGUGUCGUCAGAUGAGUGGGUGUCAUCGGGAUGUUGGUACGGAUGAAGGCCGUGGGUACAUGCAGCUUAAAUCAACGACUGUUGAAUUCCAAUCAAGACUUCUAACGAUAUUAUGUCCAUGUGCUGGGUGGAGGGGAAUGGGGCCUGUUCGGUGCAGACUGCAGAAGAGGGCUCUAGGUUGUCAUAUAUCUUCAAUCCAUGGUCCACAGAGCCAACAAUCUCUCCGUCUUUCUCCCGUUACCUCUCCUUGUGCUUCCCGCCACGGAUCAGUCUUUCAUAGCAAUGGUCAAUUCCAUGACCUCGUAUGCUCCUCUCCUCCCAACAACGGUCAGUUCCAUGCCCUCGUACUCCCUAUUCCCAGCCCGCCAUGUCCAAUAAGACUCCGGUUCUGCGGGCGGAGCUACCUUGAAACAAGCAUCUCAUACCUCGAUGGCAAAGAGACCAGAACCUGCUUUUAUUGUAUCGUAAGUAGUUGCUUGAAGUUCAGUUCAGCUGUGAGACAGGAACUUGGCGGGGGACCGGGUUCUGGCCUGCUGCUUGGCUUCUUGACCUUUGUGGGCUAGAUCUCGAGACAAAGCGACGAUGACGACGGUCACAAGGUUCACAACGGCUGGAACGGCCACCAGGGCCACAGGGCGACGGCGAUAGCGACAGCGAUCAUCGAUGGGGACAGCGAUGGGGACUCCAAAUCUCCAACGAACCUGCGGCGUUCCCUGGGGCCUUCAGGCAGACUGUAGUGCACAGAUAGAAUAGCGCUGAUGCACACCGCAGAAACUCCCUAUCUGAAGA